AACACCAUAUUGCAAAUGACGUGCAGUGGCAACAAACUAUUCUCUGUCACGCAUCGCAAGAGUUCAAUUUUCCAAACUUGUUUGCAUGCCGCGUUGCGCAUUGGACUUGUUGUGUGUUGCUUCAUAGAAGUUUCGUGUAAUGAGCUUCAUUUAUUCCGCUUUGUGUUUCGACCUACAAGGCGGAAAGAAACAGGAGCUGAGUUUCUUUUGGAGUUUGCAACGCUCACGAACCUCGCGAAGUGUACUGUUUGGGGUUUUCGUCUAACCGCGUGCGGUAUACGUUGCGAAGCCAUAGAGAAAGCCUUGCACCGCGUACGACGAAUGCGCUCCACGAGGCUGCGAGUGCCAUGCAGCACGCAGCUUAUGUGGAACAUAUAUAGAUGGAGCCGUGUGUCGAUUGAGUGUUUGAUUGACUGUCAAAUUGACGUUAGUGGACAAGGAAUUUGCGGAAUCAUUGUGGUUUGGUGUGCAGGCUUGACAGAGUUUUAUUUGGUGUUUAGCAUGAUUUCUGCAGAGAAUUUCCCAGAGUACAAUGUACCGGGUGUGGUCAAACACGACUUCCAUCCUUACGAAUCAAAUGGAGGGAGCGUUGUCGCAAUUGCCGGGGAUGAUUAUGCGGUAAUUGCAGCAGACACUCGCUUGAGUAGUGGAUAUUCGAUUCACACCCGAAAACAAAAUAAGCUGUUCAAGUUGUCAGGCACAACAGUCUUGGGAUCAACGGGAUGCUGGUGCGAUACUCUUGCGUUGACCAGUUUGAUUUCUGCGAGAAUGAAGAUGUACCAUUAUCUGCAUCAAAAAGUAAUGCCGACGAACGCUAUUUCGCAGAUGCUGUCCAUUAUAAUGUAUCACAAAAGGUUUUUUCCUUACUAUGUAUCGAAUAUACUGGCUGGGCUAGAUGCAGAUGGGAAAGGGGUAGUAUACAGCUAUGAUCCGAUUGGGCAUUGCGAACUCGCAUCUUACCGUGCCGGAGGAUCUGCGGGGGCUUUACUCCAACCUGUAUUGGAUAAUCAAAUUGGUCUGAAAAAUCAGGAGAACGUUGCGAAGGAUCCAAUCCCGAAAGAAAAAGCUAUUUCGGUGAUAGUGGAUACAUUCAUUUCAGCUGCUGAAAGGGAUAUCUACACCGGCGAUGGUGUCAUUAUAAAUGUCAUCACAAAGGAUGGGAUUGAAACCAGAAACGUUUCGUUGCGGAAAGAUUAAAUCCAGUGUAUACUUUUUAAAUUCAAAAAUAUUUCUUCAAUAAAUUUUGGUUAUAAAACA